GUAUAUUUGGCAAGUUUAUCUUUGAAAUAAAUAGGUGCAUCUAUAUUACACAUUAAAGUAAAUCAGAAAGACACAGGCUAUCACUUGAUCGUUUGUGGAUACAAUAUGAUUACCAACACAAUAGCAUUCAGUUUCUUCAUGCUUAUCUAUACUAGUCUUGCAUCUAAGUUGCCUCCGAGUAUAUCCGCAGACAAACAAUUUGUACAAGUUGAGGAAGGACCUUCAGGUCUUAAUAAGACACUCUUUACAAUUACUGCAAAAGAAUUAAAUGGUGGAAAUGUAGAAGUUCGACCGGGUGGGCUUACAAAUGAUAUUGUGAUACUAAACGGAACAAACAACACAGCCAUUGUUACUAUGAAAGUUUUCCUGAAAAAGGCACUUGACAGAGAGACAAAGUCGAGCUUUACAUUAAAUUUUUCAGCUGUAAGCAAUGAUCAAAGUCUUCCCUCAUCUCAAUUGUCAGUGAGUCUGUUUGUAUUGGACAUCAAUGACGAACCUCCUAAAUUUAGUCAAAUUGCAUACAGGAUAGAACUUCUGGAGAAUCACAAUUUAUCAGAUGACAUCGGUGCCAAUGUCUACGCCACGGAUCCUGAUAACGGACUUGGAGGACUGGUGACCUACACCUUACAGGCUGCUGGUCAGGCUUCUGGUCUCUAUGGUAAUACGUUUGGCAUAGAUCCAUCAAAUGGAAACAUAAAAUUGUUACAAUCCCUCGAUUACGAGAAGUUAACUUUCUACCAGUAUAAGAUAAUAGCAAUCGAUGGCGGUUAUCCUUCACUAAGUAGCACGGCAGAGCUGUUGAUCACUGUAAAGGACGUCUCCGAUACGCCACCAGUUUUCCUGGGCUUGCCUCAUAUUUUAUAUGUAUUGGAGAAUCAACCAAUGGGAACAUUGCUCUACAGAGUAUUAGCAGUGGAUGGCGAUUAUUCAAUCCAAAACAAAAUUACUUACAGUUUAAUAGCGGGAGAUUGUAUGCCAUAUUUGAUGAUAAACGGAACAACUGGGGAGGUUUUUACAUCAGCAAUACUUGACAGAGACGACCAUUUCAAUCAAAGACACACUGGAUGGUGCAACGUAACAAUAAAAGCAUCUGAGGUGACAUCCAAUCCAAGCAACCUUACCGAGUCUACAACUUACCUGAUUCUAGUCGUGAUGGAUGUAAACGACAACCCCCCGAUAUUCUCCAGAUCUGACGUCAAUGCCUUUAUACAAGAAGACGUGACGGACACUCUCAUUUCUAUCCCGGGAGGUUUGAUGGUUGAAGAUCAUGAUCAGGGAGAAAAUAGCAUUAUCGACUUAACAGUGUAUGAAAGAGAUGGCGUAACUCGUUUUUCUGGAUUAACAGCGUCGCCUUCAGUUGCUGAUUCAACUGGACAUGUUCAUCUGAAACUCGUCAAUGGUUUCAAAUUUGAUUACAGAGUACAGACUUUGAUUAAUCUAACGCUUAAAGCUGAAGACAGAGGUGUUCCUAGUCUGACCAGCUAUUGUCACGUGAUUGUUUACGUCAAUGAAACAAACAUCUCUUACCCCAAGUUUACCUACAGUAGCUACCGAUUCUCUGUUGUUGAAAACCUGGCGUCCGGCACCGUAAUUGGUGAUACACGGGCUAUCGAUAGUGACGCUGGAAGAUUUGGAGAAAUCAGCUAUUCGUUGAAAGGAAACUCCGAUAUCUUUAGUAUUAACUCACAAAAUGGACAAAUAUUUGUCGCAUGUAACACCACCAGAUGUUUGGAUAGAGAGCGGCAGAGUGUGUAUCAUUUUACAGUAGAAGCACGCGAUGGAGGGGGUAAAGUGUCGUCUGUUCCCGUGAAUAUCACCCUCUUUGACCUAAAUGACAAUGCUCCCAUAUUCAUGCAUUCAAAGUAUGAGUUUGGAAUUACUGAAAAUUCAAAAUCAAUAUCAGGAUCAGACAACAUUUCAGUGCAUGCAAUGGACUAUGAUGAGCCACUGACUCCUAACAGCAUCGUGUCGUAUGCCAUCCUGCCUCGGCCCGACGAUUUGGACAAGCAUUUCGCCAUCAACAAUGCCACUGGAGCAAUCCGGGUUGUCUCCACACUACAUUUUGACCAAUUGUCGUCUGCUUUGGGUGGGAAACUGGAACUAGCCGUCAUCGCCUACGACCACGGUUCUCCUAGCUUGACUUCUACAGCUUCUAUCACAGCUUACUUUCAGACACAAACUCAUCUUGCAGUACCGUGUAAUUUUGUGAAUUCCACGCCUUCGUCCCAAGUUCAUCCAGAUUCUCAAAUUAGCGCCUUUUCUGGCCAGUCUUUCGUACUGUGUCAAGGACAGGAGGGAUACAUCCAAUGUGGACCAGGAAAAGCCAUUCGAAUUCUCUCCGCUGUUUAUGGAAGACUAAGCGAUGUGAUUUGUCCAUCGCAUCAUGUCGGGUCCCUGACGUGUCAUGCUCCUUCGUCCACAGACCAUGCUAAGUGGUCGUGUAACGGAUACAGACGCUGUAGUCUGUUUGCUGACAGCAGCGUGUUUGGGGAGCCGUGCAGUGGCGUCAACAAGUAUCUGGAGGUAUCCUUCCACUGUGUCGACCAGAGCAGCGUGGAUAAUAUAUUCGGAUAAUUUCAUUUAUAAAUGCGCAUAAGUCAGCCAUUAAACUUCAAUGUACUGUUUUCAAAACUUGAGUUUAUUAAACAUAUUGCAGAAAUUUGAAAAAAGG